AAAGUAUCAUUCGAUCGUGUCUUAGCAAUUUGGCAACGAUGGGUGCAACUAAAACUUGUGUUUUCCUGUGCUUGAUAAGUGUUUUGGGAGCACAUGCAAAUGUUUUUAGGCAUCCAAUUCGCCAUCCAAGCAGGAAUAUCCAAUAUGUGAACUCGCAACAAGAUUUCAACCGAGCAAACACUGGCUCCUCCUACCAAUUCGCCGGUAGCUCAGGAAGCCGAGGCGGUAGCUACAGCAGUGGUACCGAGUCUUUCAACGAAUCAAACACCGCUGUGUCGAGUGGAAGCGCUAGUACCGUCGUAACAUCCAACCAACAAGGAUUUACAGGUGCCAGACAGGCAGAUAACAGUUACUUCGCUAGCGCUGGCGGCAGCAGUAUAGCCCAGUCGGCAUCUAAUAACCCAGCAGCACAAAACGUUUUUGUACAAAACAAUGAUGGAACUUUUGUACAGAAUUCAGCCGAUCAAGCUGUUAGUUCAUCAUCGUCUAAUACCAAUACUGUUUCAACUAUUGCUGACUAUAGUCCCCGAAUUGUAGAUCUCACAGGUGGUGGUGAAUUAGAUUCGAGCGUUGUAGCCUACGAGACUGUUGACAAUGUUGGUCGCCCAUACUAUAUUUUACGAAGAGGAUCAUUUGGGCAAGGUGUAUACCCACUUUUGGUUAACCAGCCAGCCCCCAUCGCAGUUCUACCCGUUGAAAACUUAGGUACAACAUUCAUCAGCGGUGGAGAACCCUCAGCUAUUACCGAUUCCGACGCCAGCGCUAUCUUUAUCCAGGGCCCAUCUGACACAGUCGCUGAAGCGUCAGGCACCAGCACAAGUAGUACCACCUCAACAGGACCAGAUUACCAAACCAUACCAAUUCUACCACAGCCGGUACCUACUGUAGUUAAUCAAGGAUCUACAAGGUCAUCUUCUUAUUCAAAUGCCUACACCAACAACAGCCCAUCAGGAACAAAUGCAGGAGCGUCGGGCUUCAGCUCUGCUUCAACAGGCCCAGCAUACCAUACUAUCAACGUCGUACCAGCACCGACAACCCCAGUUGUUAGUUCUUACACCUAUUCUAACACCAAUACCGUUGUUAACCAGGGCGCCACAGGCCCGGCCACGGUAGCAGCGGGCUCCGCCACGGGAACCGCUACCUCAACAGGAAACAGAGGAACCUCAACUGUAACUACAACCUCUGCUGCCAAUAGCGCAGUCAACCAAGGCCCCGCAGGCCCAAGCGCGGUUGCAACGGGCUCCGCCACGGGAACUGCUACCUCAACUGGAAACAGAGGAUCCUCAACUGUAACUACAACCUCUGUUGCUAAUAGCGCAGUCAACCAAAGCCCCGCAGGCCCAAGCGCGGUAGCAACGGGCUCUGCCACAGGAACAGCUACCUCAACAGGAAACAGAGGAUCCUCAACUGUAACUACAACCUCUGCUGCUACUGGCGCAGUCAACCAAGGCCCCGCAGGCCCAAGCGCGAUAGCAACGGGCUCCGCCACGGGAACUGCUACCUCAACAGGAAACAGAGGAACCUCAACCGUAACAACAACCUCUACUGCUACUGGCGCUGUCAACCAGGGCCCCGCGGGCUCAAGCGCGGUAGCAACGGGCUCCACCACGGGCACCGCUACUUCCACAAGCCCAACGUACCAAACUAUUACAUACUUACCACAGCCAGUACCCGCUGUAGUAAAUCAAGGAUCUACAAGGUCGUCUUCUUAUUCUAAUGCCUUCGCCAACAAUAGCCCAUCAGGAUCCAACGCAGGAGCGUCGGGCUUCAGCUCUGCUUCAACAGCCCCAGCAUACCAUACUAUCACCGUCAUACCAGCACCGACAACCCCGGUUGCUAAUUCCUUUACCUAUUCUAACGCCAAUACCGUUGUCAACCAGGGCCCCAUAGGCCCGGCUUCAGUAGCAUCAGGCUCCGCAACGGGAACUGCUACCUCAACAGGAAACAGAGGAUCCUCAACUGUAACUACAACCUCUGCUGCUAAUAGCGCAGUCAACCAAGGCCCUGCAGGCCCAAGCACGGUAGCAACGGGCUCUGCCACAGGAACAGCUACCUCAAUAGGAAACAGAGGAACCUCAACUGUAACUACAACCUCUGCUGCCAAUAGCGCAGUCAACCAAGGCCCCGCAGGCCCAAGCGCGGUUGCAACGGGCUCCGCCACGGGAACUGCUACCUCAACAGGAAACAGAGGAACCUCAACUGUAACUACAACCUCUGCUGCUACUGGCGCAGUCAACCAAGGCCCCGCAGGCCUAAGCGCGAUAGCAACGGGCUCCGCCACGGGAACUGCUACCUCAACAGGAAGCAGAGGAACCUCAACCGUAACAACAACCUCUACUGCUACUGGCGCAGUCAACCAGGGCCCCGCGGGCUCAAGCGCGGUAGCAACGGGCUCCACCACGGGCACCGCUACUUCCACAAGCCCAACGUACCAAACUAUUUCAUUCUUACCGCAGCCAGUACCCGCUGUAGUAAAUCAAGGAUCUACAAGGUCGUCUUCUUAUUCUAAUGCCUUCGCCAACAAUAGCCCAUCAGGAUCCAACGCAGGAGCGUCGGGCUUCAGCUCUGCUUCCACAGGCCCAGCAUACCAUACUAUCACCGUCAUACCAGCACCGACAACCCCAGUUGUUAGUUCUUACACCUAUUCUAACACCAAUACCGUUGUCAACCAGGGCGCCACAGGCCCAGCCACGGUAGCAUCGGGCUCCGCCACGGGAACCGCUACCUCAACAGGAAACAGAGGAACCUCAACUGUAACUACAACCUCUGCUGCUAAUAGCGCAGUCAACCAAGGCCCCGCAGGCCCAAGCGCGGUUGCAACGGGCUCCGCCACGGGAACUGCUACCUCAACUGGAAACAGAGGAUCCUCAACUGUAACUACAACCUCUGUUGCUAAUAGCGCAGUCAACCAAGGCCCCGCAGGCCCAAGCGCGGUAGCAACGGGCUCUGCCACAGGAACAGCUACCUCAACAGGAAACAGAGGAACCUCAACUGUAACUACAACCUCUGCUGCUACUGGCGCAGUCAACCAGGGCCCCGCGGGCACAAGCGCGGUAGCAACGGGCUCCACCACGGGCACCGCUACUUCCACAAGCCCAACGUACCAAACUAUUACAUACUUACCACAGCCAGUACCCGCUGUAGUAAAUCAAGGAUCUACAAGGUCGUCUUCUUAUUCUAAUGCCUUCGCCAACAAUAGCCCAUCAGGAUCCAACGCAGGAGCGUCGGGCUUCAGCUCUGCUUCAACAGCCCCAGCAUACCAUACUAUCACCGUCAUACCAGCACCGACAACCCCGGUUGCUAAUUCCUUUACCUAUUCUAACGCCAAUACCGUUGUCAACCAGGGCCCCAUAGGCCCGGCUUCAGUAGCAUCAGGCUCCGCAACGGGAACUGCUACCUCAACAGGAAACAGAGGAUCCUCAACUGUAACUACAACCUCUGCUGCUAAUAGCGCAGUCAACCAAGGCCCUGCAGGCCCAAGCACGGUAGCAACGGGCUCUGCCACAGGAACAGCUACCUCAAUAGGAAACAGAGGAACCUCAACUGUAACUACAACCUCUGCUGCCAAUAGCGCAGUCAACCAAGGCCCCGCAGGCCCAAGCGCGGUUGCAACGGGCUCCGCCACGGGAACAGCUACCUCAACAGGAAACAGAGGAACCUCAACUGUAACUACAACCUCUGCUGCUACUGGCGCAGUCAACCAAGGCCCCGCAGGCCCAAGCGCGAUAGCAACGGGCUCCGCCACGGGAACUGCUACCUCAACAGGAAACAGAGGAACCUCAACCGUAACAACAACCUCUACUGCUACUGGCGCAGUCAACCAGGGCCCCGCGGGCUCAAGCGCGGUAGCAACGGGCUCCACCACGGGCACCGCUACUUCCACAAGCCCAACGUACCAAACUAUUUCAUUCUUACCGCAGCCAGUACCCGCUGUAGUAAAUCAAGGAUCUACAAGGUCGUCUUCUUAUUCUAAUGCCUUCGCCAACAAUAGCCCAUCAGGAUCCAACGCAGGAGCGUCGGGCUUCAGCUCUGCUUCCACAGGCCCAGCAUACCAUACUAUCACCGUCAUACCAGCACCGACAACCCCAGUUGUUAGUUCUUACACCUAUUCUAACACCAAUACCGUUGUCAACCAGGGCGCCACAGGCCCAGCCACGGUAGCAUCGGGCUCCGCCACGGGAACCGCUACCUCAACAGGAAACAGAGGAACCUCAACUGUAACUACAACCUCUGCUGCUAAUAGCGCAGUCAACCAAGGCCCCGCAGGCCCAAGCGCGGUUGCAACGGGCUCCGCCACGGGAACUGCUACCUCAACUGGAAACAGAGGAUCCUCAACUGUAACUACAACCUCUGUUGCUAAUAGCGCAGUCAACCAAGGCCCCGCAGGCCCAAGCGCGGUAGCAACGGGCUCUGCCACAGGAACAGCUACCUCAACAGGAAACAGAGGAACCUCAACUGUAACUACAACCUCUGCUGCUCCUGGCGCAGUCAACCAGGGCCCCGCGGGCACAAGCGCGGUAGCAACGGGCUCCACCACGGGCACCGCUACUUCCACAAGCCCAACGUACCAAACUAUUACAUACUUACCACAGCCAGUACCCGCUGUAGUAAAUCAAGGAUCUACAAGGUCGUCUUCUUAUUCUAAUGCCUUCGCCAACAAUAGCCCAUCAGGAUCCAACGCAGGAGCGUCGGGCUUCAGCUCUGCUUCAACAGGCCCAGCAUACCGUACUAUCACCGUCAUACCAGCACCGACAACCCCGGUUGCUAAUUCCUUUACCUAUUCUAACGCCAAUACCGUUGUCAACCAGGGCCCCAUAGGCCCGGCUUCAGUAGCAUCAGGCUCCGCGACGGGAACUGCUACCUCAACAGGAAACAGAGGAUCCUCAACUGUAACCACAACCUCUGUUGCUAAUAGCGCAGUCAACCAAGGCCCCGCAGGCCCAAGCACGGUAGCAGCGGGCUCCGCCACAGGAACUGCUACCUCAACAGGAAACAGAGGAACCUCAACCGUAACUACAACCUCUGCUGCUACUGGUGCAGUUAACCAAGGCCCCGCAGGCCCAAGCACGGUAGCAGCGGGUUCUGCCACGGGAACUGCCACCUCAACAGGAAACAGAGGAACCUCAACUGUAACUACAACCUCUGCUGCUACUGGCGCAGUCAACCAAGGCCCCGCAGGCCCAAGCGUGGUAGCAGCGGGCUCCGCCACGGGAACUGCCACCUCAACAGGAAACAGAGGAACCUCAACCGUAACUACAACCUCUGCUGCUACUGGUGCAGUUAACCAAGGCCCCGCAGGCCCAAGCACGGUAGCUGCGGGUUCUGCCACGGGAACUGCCACCUCAACAGGAAACAGAGGAACCUCAACUGUAACUACAACCUCUGCUGCUACUGGCGUAGUCAACCAAGGCCCCGCAGGCCCAAGCGCGGUAGCAGCGGGCUCCGCCACGGGAACUGCCACCUCAACAGGAAACAGAGGAACCUCAACUGUAACUACAACCUCUGCUGCUACUGGCGCAGUCAACCAAGGCCCCGCAGGCCCAAGCGCGGUUGCAACGGGCUCCGCCACGGGAACUGCUACCUCAACUGGAAACAGAGGAUCCUCAACUGUAACUACAACCUCUGUUGCUAAUAGCGCAGUCAACCAAAGCCCCGCAGGCCCAAGCGCGGUAGCAACGGGCUCUGCCACAGGAACAGCUACCUCAACAGGAAACAGAGGAUCCUCAACUGUAACUACAACCUCUGCUGCUACUGGCGUAGUCAACCAAGGCCCCGCAGGCCCAAGCGCGGUAGCAGCGGGCUCCGCCACGGGAACUGCCACCUCAACAGGAAACAGAGGAACCUCAACUGUAACUACAACCUCUGCUGCUACUGGCGCAGUCAACCAAGGCCCCGCAGGCCCAAGCGCGGUUGCAACGGGCUCCGCCACGGGAACUGCUACCUCAACUGGAAACAGAGGAUCCUCAACUGUAACUACAACCUCUGUUGCUAAUAGCGCAGUCAACCAAAGCCCCGCAGGCCCAAGCGCGGUAGCAACGGGCUCUGCCACAGGAACAGCUACCUCAACAGGAAACAGAGGAUCCUCAACCGUAACAACAACCUCUGCUGCUACUGGCGCAGUCAACCAAGGCCCCGCAGGCCCAAGCGCGGUAGCAGCGGGCUCUGCCACUGGAACCGCUACUUCAUCAGGCAACAGAGGAACCACAACAACAACAUCUACUUCGGGUUCUAAUGCAUUAGUGAGCCAGGGCCCACGGGGUGCAACCGCGUUAGCAACUGGAUCGGCAACGGGAACCGCUACUACAUCAGGUAACCAAGGAUCCUCAUCUGCCAUAUCUUCCUCUGGUGCUACUGGUGGAAUAAACCAGGCCCCAACGGGCAGCAGUGCGGUAGCAAGCGGCUCAAGCACCAGUGUAGCAUCACAAGGAAUACGUCCGAUUGUUGAAGACUUAUCGGAUGAUAUCACCCCGGACGACAUAACAGGAUUGUGGUCAGAUUAUGAUGGAGACGUGGAAUACAUAAGAAACGCAUAUGGUUACCCGUCAAGACGUCGUCUUAUAUCAAGACGCAGACGUCCAAUCUUCCCGAGAAGGCCUUGCAACGGAGCAAUUUGCUUCUGCCCAGAAGAUUUCCAGUACUUCCCAAGAUACAUCCGCCAACUUUUCGGAUUUCCCUUAAACAACUAUAACUAAACAAUAGUACCAUCAUAGAAGGCCUGUCGACAUCACAUUUCUCCGAACGCUUACCGAAUCGCCCUAAUGUAUUAAAUUGACAUGUCAAAGUCAUGUCACUUUUCGAAGUUGAGUAUCAUUCCUGUACUUAUGUUCGAAACUACGCUAAUGAGAUGCGAUGUUGUGAGGUACACUUAACGAAACGAACGAAACGCAGUCAUAUUGAUGUUUUAUGUUUUGUAUAUUAUAAGCAUGCAAAUAAAAACCCCUGAUUUUAUUGGGACAAAAAAAACUUAGUACUCAUGUUAAGCAAUGUUAUUCUGAAUAUAUUUGAAUUAUGAAAUCAUA